CUUGUAGCAGGCAUGAGACAACAGGUGAAGGAAGGACUUCUGGAAGUAUGUAGGGUGGGACUAGCAAGCAGCAAGCCCCUUCCCAUUAUCUUGAUCUCUGGCUCGGUGGUCUCUGGGUAGCAGCGGAUCUCAGGGGUGCAGAUCCGCCAUCCCCCUAGCAUUUGAGGAGUUCCGUCUUCAUUUUACUGAACUCCCUCCCGCACCAAAUCUAAUAACCCUUAUCUCCCCUGCAAAAGGGUCUUUGUGCCACCCCCACCCAAAAUUCAAUGAGGAGUUACUUCUGAAGCUUUUCCUCUGUCUGCACCCCUGUGAAUGAUGAGAAGCCAUUUAGCAAGUCUGGAACAUUCCCAGCUGGUUCUGAGAGCAUCUUCAUAGUGAAUGCUGAUGGUAUCUAGGAAUCAGAAACACUUUUUUUCAGCCUUCUUGCAGAGUUGGGCCUCUGCCCUCCGGGCUCUUGAGGCUCUGAUACAAGGCCCUAGGAAAUCUGCAACAUUUUGUUGUAAGGGUUGAUUUGCCAACCAUCUAGAAAUGGCCUGGGGUCUCCAGAAAUCAGCACCAGUCCCAAACGACUCUUGAGGGGCUAUUGAAAGCAGCCCCGAAGAUUUCAGUGGCUUGCUGUUAUGAAAGCUAUUGAGUAAAAAUUUGCAAGAAGAGUUUUGGUCUGUGCCUGCAACCCUAUUUCCUGAAGUUGGUCAGCAAGCACAUUCAGUUCAGUGUGACUCUGUCAAACGCUGUCAACCAGUAAAAAUAAUUGUUUAGUUGAUUAAUAAUCUGCACUUAACUGAUGCACAGGAAUCAGAUGUAUACCAGUGGCUUGCUUCCCAAUCCAUGUAUUUCUGCAAAAUAAACACACUUCAGAACUGACGAAGAAAGUGCAAGAUGGCAUCCGUGUUCCGGAGUGAAGAGAUGUGCCUGUCACAACUUUUUCUCCAGGUGGAGUCAGCCUACUGUUGUGUGGCUGAACUUGGAGAGCUGGGCCUGGUUCAAUUCAGAGAUCUGAAUGCAAAUGUCAACAGCUUCCAGAGGAAGUUUGUGAAUGAAGUAAGAAGAUGUGAAUCCUUAGAGAGGAUCCUUUGUUUCCUGGAAAGUGAGAUGGGAAAUUGUGUCCCAUUGCUGAAGUCUGACAAAUAUCCAGAGACUCCCCUGCCUCGAGAAAUGAUUGAUUUGGAGGUAGUUUUGGAAAAACUGGAAGGCGAGCUAAAUGAGGCCAAUCAGAACCUGCAGGCAUUGAGACAGAACUUUCUAGAACUCACAGAACUGAAGCACCUCCUGAAGAAAACUCAGGACUUCUUCGAGACUGAAACUAAUUUGCCUGAUGAUUUCUUCAAUGAGGACACCUCUGGGCUGCUGGAGUUAAGAAGCACGCCUGCAGCUGUGGCAGCAAAACUGGGAUUCAUAGCUGGUGUGAUCAAAAGGGAAAGGUUGGUGCCUUUUGAACGUUUGCUUUGGAGAGCCUGCCGAGGAAAUAUCUAUCUGAGGUUCAGUGAAAUGGAUACACCCCUGGAGGAUCCUGUCACUAAAGAAGAGAUGAAAAAGAAUGUGUUCAUUAUCUUCUAUCAAGGGGAGCAACUCAGACAGAAAAUCAAGAAGAUUUGUGACGGAUUCCGUGCUACUGUGUACCCCUGCCCAGAAUCAGCUGGGGAGCGCCGUGAAAUGGCCGCAGGUGUGAACACAAGGAUUGAGGAUCUAAACACAGUGAUCACUCAAACCGAGUCCCAUGUCCAACGGCUCCUGAAGGAAGCAUCUGUAAUGGUGUGGAGCUGGGGGAUCAAGGUGAAGAAAAUGAAGGCCAUCUACCACAUCCUGAACUCUUGUAACAUUGACGUCACCCAGCAGUGCAUGAUCGCUGAAAUCUGGUUCCCUGUGGCAGACACUGGCAGGAUUAAAAGGGCUCUGAAUCAAGGAAUGGAACGUAGUGGCUCUACAAUCAACCCUAUUCUGACAGCGAUCCAGACCAAGAUGUCCCCUCCCACCUUCAACAGAACCAAUAAGUUCACUGCAGGCUUCCAGAGCAUUGUGGACGCCUAUGGUGUGGGGAACUAUAGGGAGAUAAAUCCAGCCCCCUACACAAUCAUUACCUUCCCCUUCUUGUUUGCGGUGAUGUUUGGCGACUGGGGUCAUGGUACUGUCAUGCUGGCCUUUGCCCUCUGGAUGGUCAUCAAUGAGAAGUCCCUUUUAGCCCAAAAGAGCGAUAAUGAGAUCUGGAACACCUUUUUCAGUGGGCGCUAUCUGAUUCUGCUUAUGGGCAUCUUCUCUAUCUACACUGGCUUCAUCUACAACGAUUGCUUCUCCAAAUCAAUCAACAUAUUUGGAUCUUCCUGGCAUGUGCGUCCCAUGUUCAUCAAGGGUAACUGGACUGAGCAAAUUCUGCAUUCAGCUGAGGCACUCCAGUUGGAUGCAGCAUUGCCAGGAGUGUACUCUGGAAACCCCUAUCCUUUUGGCCUUGAUCCGAUCUGGAACAUCGCUAAGAACAAGCUGACGUUCUUAAACUCCUACAAAAUGAAGAUGUCCGUCAUCGUGGGCAUCACCCAUAUGGUCUUUGGGGUGAUCCUCAGUCUCUUCAACCAUAUUUAUUUCAAGAGAACCGUCAGUAUAGUCCUGCAGUUCCUCCCAGAGAUGAUCUUCAUCCUCUGCCUAUUUGGUUACCUGGUUUUCAUGAUUAUUUUCAAGUGGUGUCAAUAUGGUGCCCAUGAUGCCCAAUAUGCCCCAAGCAUCCUCAUCCACUUCAUCAACAUGUUUCUGUUCAGUUAUGGUGAUGAGUCAAAUCUUCCUCUCUACGAACAUCAGCAAGAAGUGCAGAGCUUCCUAGUUAUUUUUGCCCUGAUUGCUAUUCCUUGGAUGCUCUUGAUUAAGCCUUUCAUCCUUCGAGCUAAUCACCUGAAAGCUCAGCAUAUGCUGAAGUCACCUGGAAUGUCAGAGAGUCCUACUGGCGAUAUUGAGGUAGAGAUCAUUAAGGACUCCAAGAUUGCAAGCCAAGAAGAUCACAGUGGUGGCGGCGGCCAUGGGGGGCAUGAUGACCAUGAGGAAGAGUUCAACUUUGGAGACAUCUGUGUCCACCAGGCUAUCCACACCAUUGAAUAUUGUCUGGGCUGCAUUUCCAACACAGCUUCCUAUCUUCGGCUCUGGGCACUCAGCUUAGCGCAUGCACAGCUCUCAGAUGUCCUCUGGACCAUGGUGAUGAGAUAUGGGCUGGCCAAUAGUACCUGGUCAGGACUCAUUAUCGCCUUUGUCCUCUUUGCUGUCUUUGCUGUUCUGACUAUAGCCAUUCUGCUGAUCAUGGAGGGCCUCUCUGCUUUUCUGCACGCUCUGAGACUUCACUGGGUGGAGUUCCAGAACAAGUUUUAUGCCGGAUCAGGUUAUGCAUUUACACCAUUCUCCUUCAAAACCAUCAUAGAAGGAUCAGAUGACUGAAACCUGUUUAGAACCAGGAAAUCUGAAACUUCCAAGCUUACCUCUGCAUUUUUGUUUUUUGUUUUGUUUUAAUCUCCCUGAGAAUUAAAAAAAUUGUGAAGGAUACAGAAACCUCUUUGGUAUGAGCUUCAUAAGGUGCAUAUUGCUACAUGGGAAGAUCGCCAUGCCUUAGCAAGCUGGACGAUCCACUUUUCUAAGAAUAUGCUUCACGGAUAAAUUAGAAAAACCUCUGUCAUCCAUUGAAAAAAUAUAUAUGAAUCAAUAGUUUAGUUCAACAAAGGUGUAAACAUAAUGGCUGACAUACAGAACAAGGUUGCACCUAAAAGCAGAGUAGUCUAACAGAACUUCCUAACUAGCUGCAUCAGUGCAACAGGGAAGUGGCAAUGUUUAACGCCCUCCCCUUCCCCAGGAAGUUCUCUGUGCUACUCAAAAAUAUGUCCCUAAUGGCUGUGCAAUCAUCAGGGAUAUAUUUCCAGGUGGCGGGGAUUGCUUCAAAAAUUGCCCCGUUCCCACUGUACCAGUGUAAUUUGUUCUGUUAGGAGGCUGCAUCGGUGCAUCUUUGCUCUGUACGUCAACAGUAUUUCUUUCACUUGAAUUAUUUUAUGGCACUAUGCCCAGGACUAAAGAAACUAUGACCAUGACUGUGUGAAGAAGAAGCAAGUUUCUGAAGUGUACCAUUUCAGAUUACAGGUAUGGAUUCUCAUGACUGAAUGCUCCACUUUACAAAACCUGAUCUCUGCAAAGAAAACUAGCAUCUAGAAGGUUUCCAGCAUAGCCUUCUUGAUUUGCCAGUUUUCUAAGUGCAAGGAGGUGGUUUUUUGUUGUGGUUGGGAGGAGCAUCCAGUCAUGUGAGUCCCAAGCUGUAGGUUGAAACGGUACUGCCCAGUCACAGGAUGAACACCUUGGUUAAGAACUAGACCAUAGAUUGUGUUUCCUUGGUUUUUGUGACUGCAAAUGUAUUCUGAUUUUGCUAUACAGCAUGCACCACAGUUGUGGCACACCUGCCCAGGAGACCAGCUGGUGUUUGAAUGCAGGAGUGGCCUGUAUGGGUAGGGCGGGGUGGGAAAUGAGUUCCCGCUCACCUUUCCCCACCCUGGUUGUCUCACUCUGCCUCGUUUCACGUAGUGCUGCAUUAAUCCUAGGCAUGCAGGCUGGUUAUUUGCUGGUCAGGGAACCAGGUAAAUAACCAACUCGCAUGCCUGGAGUUAAUGCAGCAGCAGAUGGAGCAAGGCAGAGCGAGGUGGUCAGAGUGCGAAUGAGCCACACCUGCGGCUCAUUUACCGCCCUCCCCCACCCUGUCUGUAUGGGCAAUUCCUGGUGGAAUGUUAGGGCCAAAGGAUGGCUCCUCCCACAUACACAUGUCUAGAGCCUAGCAACAACAUCCAUCUCUAGUCAGCGGGAGUGCCAGCAAAUUCCACCAAAUGGAACUUGCCAAUGGCCCUAUUCCAUAUUUGUAGCCUGAGCAGUUUACUUGGAAGUAAGUCUUGCUGUGUCAAAGAGGACUUAUUUCCUGGUUGUCACUACCAAAACAGUUGCAGUUUCAGUCUGUAGCAGUAAAAACGGCAGAGUCCCAUGGCAGCUUCAGUACUAACAAAUGUAUUGUAGCCUCAUGGACUAAAGCAGGGGUUCUCAACUGUGGGUCUCCAAAUGUUGUUGGAUUACAGCUGCCAUCAUCCCUGGCCAUAAUGACUACAGGAAUACAAAGCUUGUAGUGAAAUAACUCAGGGGAAACCAGAGCUGGGAACCCCUGGGGUAGAACUCCAUUUCACCAGCUGCACAAUACAAUCCUCAGUUGGCAGGGAUGUGUGUGUGUGUGCACACGUGUACACACACAAGUACAGAGAAAAAUCACAAACACAUAUACUAUGAGGAUUAUUCUUCAUGCAUCUUCUGGACUAGUUCAUGAAAAUGUACACUACAAUAAAUGUCAGUCUUCCAAGAUCCAUUGUUUGAAUUUAACUGAAUUUUAUUACAGUCCAUGUCCAGUUGUAAGAUUCAUUGUUGUCUUUCCUGGAAAUUAUGCUUGAGACUAGCAUAUGUAUAUUUAGAUUUGUAGUAAGGGGUGAAGAAGAAGGUUUCCCUUCUGAACACCUCUCUUUGGUUAAUCGUAAUGGUGGUAGGUAGAACGUUAUGUUUAGGAAUGAGAGUAUAUGGCAUGUUGAAAUGUAUGCAUCAACAUUCACAAAAUCCAAGGGAUGUCUUAUUCAUUGCUUCUUCAGCUGCCUCCACACACACCCAACUUCUUUGUGCAAACACAGCUUCGCUUCCUGGUGUAAAUCUUUCAUUGCCUCACAAAAGAAGGCUAUUGAAGUAUCUGUAUAGAUCUCAAAACCAACUGCUUGUUAUUUGGCUUGAUAACAGAACGGAAUAAAUACAUCAAAACCAA